AGAAGUCCUACAUUUGUUUUUUAUAAUAAUCACAGUAUUUUUUAUGUAAUUUGUAUUCCUUAAAAGGUUCCUGUUAUCCAAAUCUUUCUUACCUCAAUUAAAGUUUUUCAAAAGGCAAAGAAAAGUCUCACAGAAGUGGGGACCCGUCCGGGAUAGGAAUAGGCUCGGAUGUGGAUUAGGCUUAAGUCGAGGAGAUUCGACGGACUGCGCUUUGGUUUUGUGAGUACUCUGGACAUUUACGGACAUUUCUGUUUUUGUGAAAAUUUCGACGUUGGAGAUUCCGAAUACAUCGGCAUUCCGGAAGGACUUCGACUUACGUUUCGGCAAACCACAAGAUGGUAUGCUCUUAACACAAGUUUGAGCUGGAGAAAACUACAUCAUAAUCUCCAGACUGACCUCAUUAUUUACUUAGUAACAACGUUGUUCAGAAAAUUUUACCACCAGGAAUCAAGCACAAUCCAAGAAAUAAUUCGGAAUUAUUUGGACUACAUGAACCUACACCAUUGUAAAUCAUGGAGAAAACUACUGUAUACCAUAAUUCACAGACUGACUCAUUAUUUACUUAGUAACAAUGUUGUUCAGAAAAUUUUACCACCAGGAAUCAAGCACAAUCCAAGAAUUAAUUCGGAAUUAUCUGGCCUACAUGAACCUACACCAUUGUAAAUUAUUUUGAUACUGAAAAAUUCUGUAACAUUACUAUAUAUAAAUUUUAAUUAAUUUAAAAAUAAAAUUAACU